AACACGGUCAGCAGUCACGUAUACUGAGUGCUUAUGGAUGGAUAUUUUUCUCACCGUCCUAAGGAGAAAACGAGGACAGACAGCAACAAUGAAAACUCAGUGCCAAAAGACUUUGAAAAUGUUGAUAACAGUAACUUUGCCCCAAGGACUCAGAGACAGAAGCACCAGCCAGACCUGGGAAAGAAGUCACUGAGUAAGCAGAAGGAACAUUUGAAGAAGAAACUAGAGCAGGAGGAAAAAGUAAAGGAGAAUUCACUCCUGGGAAAAAGCUCUAAUGAAGCUAUGCAGUAUAGCAAUCAAGCUGCCCAGAACAGCAGUGCUGCCAAGGCAAGCCCUAAGUCCUCCAAGCAACCCCAUACCAGGAAGAAUGGGGCCAGCUCCCCUGAACUCAAGUAUGACCAGCUGCCAAGGUGCGACAUCUCUGGCAAGGAGGCCAUCUCGGCUCUGUCCCGGUCUAAGUCCAAGCAGUGUCGCCAGGAGAUUGCUGAGAUAUAUUGCCAACACAAGGUGGGGAAGCUAAUGCCAGAGAAAGUGACCCGCUUCUGUCCCCUCGAAGGCAAAGCCAACAACAAUGUGCGGUGGGAUGAGGAUUCCGUGGAGUACAUGCCUGCCAACCCUGUCAGGAUCGCCUUUGUCUUAGUGGUACACGGCCGCGCAUCUCGGCAGCUCCAGCGCAUGUUUAAGGCUAUUUACCAUAAGGACCAUUUUUAUUAUAUCCACGUUGACAAGAGGUCCAAUUAUCUGCAUCGACAAGUGCUCCAGUUUGCUGGACAGUACCAAAAUGUGCGUGUGACCUCGUGGAGAAUGGCCACCAUCUGGGGAGGUGCCAGUCUUUUAUCCACCUACCUCCAGAGCAUGCGGGACUUGAUGGAGAUGACAGACUGGCCAUGGGACUUCUUCAUUAACCUCAGUGCUGCUGACUAUCCCAUCAGAACGAAUGAUCAGUUGGUGGCAUUUCUCUCUCGAUACCGGGACAUGAACUUCUUGAAAUCACAUGGCCGAGACAAUGCAAGGUUUAUUCGGAAACAGGGACUGGAUCGCCUCUUCUUAGAGUGUGACACUCACAUGUGGCGCUUGGGUGACCGGAAGAUCCCUGAAGGCAUCACAGUGGACGGAGGCUCUGAUUGGUUCCUGCUGAACCGAAAGUUUGUGGAAUACGUGACCUUCUCCAACGACGACCUGGUGACCAAGAUGAAGCAGUUCUACUCUUACACCUUGCUUCCUGCCGAGUCCUUCUUCCACACCGUCCUGGAAAACAGCCCCCACUGUGACACCAUGGUGGACAACAAUCUCCGCAUCACCAACUGGAACCGGAAGCUGGGCUGCAAAUGCCAGUACAAGCACAUUGUGGACUGGUGUGGCUGUUCCCCCAAUGACUUCAAGCCAGCCGAUUUCCACCGCUUCCAGCAAACUGCCCGACCGACGUUCUUUGCACGUAAAUUUGAGGCUGCGGUGAAUCAAGAAAUAAUUGGCCAGCUGGACUAUUACCUUUAUGGGAACUAUCCCUCAGGCACCCCAGGUCUGAGGUCCUACUGGGAGAAUGUUUAUGAUGAGCCUGAUGGGAUCCACAGCAUCAGCGACGUGGUGCUAACCAUGUACCACUCCUUCACCCGCCUGGGUCUCCGGAGAGCUGAGACAUCCUUACACACCAACGGUGGCGAGAAUAGCUGCAGGUACUAUCCAAUGGGUCACCCAGUAUCUGUUCAUCUAUACUUCCUUGCUGACCGUUUCCAAGGCUUCCUAAUCAAACACCAUGCAACAAAUCUCGCUGUGAGCAAACUAGAGACCCUGGAAACAUGGGUAAUGCCAAAGAAAGUCUUUAAGAUUGCCAACCCACCCAGUGAUUUCGGGAGACUUCAGUUUUCUGAGAUUGGCACUGACUGGGAUGCCAAGGAGAGGAUAUUCCGCAACUUUGGAGGACUCCUUGGGCCAAUGGAUGAACCAGUAGGGAUGCAGAAAUGGGGGAAGGGGCCCAAUGUGACAGUGACUGUCAUUUGGGUCGAUCCUGUCAAUGUCAUUGCAGCCACCUAUGACAUCUUGAUUGAGUCCAGUGCUGAGUUCACACAUUACAAACCACCUUUGAACUUGCCCCUUCGGCCUGGAGUUUGGACUGUCAAAAUUCUGCAUCACUGGGUGCCAGUUGCUGAAACCAAAUUCCUUGUCACUCCUCUGACCUUCUCUAAUAAGCAGCCUAUUAAGCCCGAUGAGUCCUUGAAGCUGCACAAUGGACCUCCUCAUAAUGCCUACAUGGAACAGAGCUUUCAGGGCCUGAACCCAGUCCUCAAUAUCCCUAUCAACCUGGCCCACGUGGAGCAGGCGCGGAGGAAUGCAGCCGCCACUGGCCCAAAGUUGGAGAGCUGGGUGGACUCGUUAGUUGGAGGAGUCUGGUCUGCAGUGGAUAUCUGUGCCAUCGGGCCCACCGCCUGCCCCGUCAUGCAAACAUGCAGCCAAACUUCCUGGAGUACCUUGAGCCCAGACCCCAAGUCUGAGCUGGGGGCCGUCAAACCCGAUGGUCGGCUGAGGUAGCAUCUGGUCGUGUUAUAGGAUUUAAAAGGGAAUUUCACCCUGAGUAUAUGGGAUUGAUUCUGACACCUCUCUCACCCUCUCCCAACCAGUAGUUCCCAGGUGGGAACUUUCAUAUUCACAGUCAGUUUGAGGUCUAGGAUUUAAGAACCAAAGUUGGAGCCUGGCAUUGUUCUCCCUGCAAAUACGCUCGGGAGAUUGGUAAAUUGCCCCACACUGGUCCCAAGAGGCAGUCUUACAUUUUUUUUUUCCAUUUGCUUCUUUAAAGCUCUUCCCUUUGGCCAGAUAUCUAGAUAGACCAUGGGCUCAGUCUUUUGUCUGGUCCCAAAGGACUGUGGGAAUUCACAGUAGCUGAUAAAAACGUUCACUCCUCUGUCAACCAAAAAGCCCUUAUCGAUGUUCAUUAAAUCCAUCAGCAUCACCCAGAACGCUUAGUGGAAAGAAAAGCCCAAAGUGAUUUCCCAGAGGUUGAGGGUUCUCUACCACCCAUUUAAUAGAUGGGCUAUUUUUCUUUAUAGCUCAGGCAGGAAAUGAUACUUAUCAUAUUCACUUUACAAUGAUGGCCACACUUCCAUACAAGUGUAGCAGGUACUUGGUGCAUUUCAGGGUGAAAAUGCUAGGGUUUCAAUCCUGUUAGCCAUCUCUGGCCAUAGGCAGAUGGAUGGCAGGGGUUCAGUUACCUCACACAGUCUCUCAGAUGUUUAAAGCGAUACCUGUUUGACUCUCUGAAGAAUGAGAAUUUGACAUAUGCAACUUGUAUGAGAUGGAUGAGACACUGGACAGAGCCAAGUCAGAACAAUGCCAGACACCUGCAGGGGUUCUCCCAUUUCCAAGGCCAAACCUUGCCAGGUGCAUGAUCGGUGCUGGUUACGAGUGACCAAAUUGCAUGACCUAAACUUUUUGACCCAGAAUAUUUUGGGAGCUCUUUUCCAACCAGGUUUUUAAAGAGAUCUCUUUUCUUACAUGCGCUGCCAACUGGAGUAUCUUACAUAGGUCCUAAAGAUAAGAUUGGGGUUUAGAUCUUCAUUUAUUUGGGGGUGUUUGGGGUUUUUUUUAAGUUUCUAAUUACUUGAGUUGCCAGAAAGGUCAAGGUUUUCCUUCAGUUCAACAGACUGAAUGUCCAUGACAAGCAAGGCAAGGACCCAUCCCAUUGAGUGGCCCUCCCGUUCAGACUGGAGAGGAGUAAGCCAUUAGGGUGACACCUCCAUAAUCUUCUACCACUCCCCGAGGGGUGAAAUUCCCUUUUAAAAACUGCACACUUGGUUGCAAAAAUAACCUAAUCAUGGAGCACCCAGCCCUUGUUCUGUUUCUCUCCACAGUGUUGGUUUAAAGCUAUUCAAGUUUGCUUUGGACUUGAAAUAGUGAGGUCAGCUGUGCUGAUGUUAUGUCGGAGCAUUAAAUGUUGUAUGGAGCCAGGAACGCAAACAAGGACGCAUAGAAGGAACACUUUAGAUAUUUAUUAUUUAUAUGUUUUAGUCAAUGACUAAUUAGUAGGUGCUGUUUUUUGCAGCUUGACAAUUAUGUUAUCUUACUAACUAAAGCUGCCUUUAUUCACAAAAGGCUCCCCACCCUUUCUCAGCCCCAACCUACUCCCAAGACAUAUACUCCUCAUUUCUCUUUUUCGCUGUGUUCUCAAUUUAUGACUUUGCUGGCCCAGGGGUGUUAGGAACACUUGGUGUGUUUCUACCCAUAUUGUCAGCAGGAGACAGAUUCAUUCUCUCCCAUCUCAACAGCAGGCUGAUGCCCUCCCACCUCCCCCAGGUGUUCUCUUAUCCAGCCCCUAGUGAAAACAGUAGGUCCUCCCAAUCUAAGCCCAUAGGGCUCUAGGACCUCUGUACUCUCUGUCUUGUAGCCUCUCCCCAAAGCCAGGGAGGUGCCUAGAGACUAUAAUUCUGGACUUUCCUUUCCCUUUCAACGCUUGUGUUAUGAGUCAUUCCUUUCCCCUGUCCAUUUGCUGAUGAAUAUCCUCCAACAGAUCUCACUUCCAGAGCCCAGAUUUGAAGUGAGAUGACUGAGGAAAAAGGUGUGAGAAGGUUAGUUCAUCCUAUGUGUGAGGCCAACUGGACAAAAUUUAAUUGUCUAUGUAGAUCCUGCUCGUUGGUCACUGAAACAAAAGGACUUUCAGAAACCUUAGGCUCAGUUUCACAGAAGUCCCAUGUUGCUUAUGUAUCAGUACAUAAUCAGUUGUGCAGGAGGUUAAAAACUUCAAAACCAGGAUACUUCUCUCCUCACAGUUUCUCUGCAGAAGUAUGAUAGCAAGGGCUACACUGGACAUUCUAGUUUUUAAAGCAGCAAAAAUAACAAAGCCUCUCUGUAACCUCUCUCUCAAUCAGCCAGCUCAGUGUCUGUAUUUGUAGCAGUAUUAUUUGUGGUGACUUUAGGCCUGAGCCCAAUUGUACUGGUAUGGUUGAUGUCAGCCUACAGUCACUCAGAAGUUGUAUCUACUGUGCUCAGUGACAUUUCUGACUUUGAGAAUCCUGGAAUGAGUGGAGAAACCCCAGAGUUAGUUCUGGGACAGUCUAAGCUGUGAAUUUCUUCUUCUAUGCUAACUCCCCAUCCAUCCUGCUAUAGGAGAGUAGGUUGGGAUGUAGAACACCCAUUGGGGUUUUCACAUUUGGGGACCAGAGAAUAUAUCUUUGUAGAUGUUACAUUUGGUGAAAAGGAGAGUUCUAAAGGAGAGCCCAAUUGCACCGAGACUUCAUGAUAGCAUUUUUCCAAAUGAAAACGUUCAGCCCAUUUCUCAGCCUUACCCAGAGACUGAUUUGAUUAUUUUGAGAACCCGUCGGAAAAGCCAAUUGUGGUCAUGUGCUCUUGCUUUCUGUGGAAAAGUCACAUUUCUUUGGGCACAAGGUUUUGUUUGCUUUGGGGUUGUUUGCCCUGGAAUCUGCUGUGAACUCUCAGUGCAGAACAGGGUAUCUGGGGAGUGAGAGCAAGUCCUCUGGGGGGGAUUGGUGAAGAGAUGGUUUAUCAGAUCUACAGAUAGGGUAGGGUUAGGGGUGAGGAUCGAGGGAAUCUAAGCUUGCAUCCACACCCACACACUGAUAGGUGCCCCCUUGGACAAAUUUUUACCGAUGCUCUUAGUCCACUUUAGGCAGAAGGAAACCCCCAAGCAAGUUGUGCCUUCUACCCCUGGCUUCCUAUUUUUGGACCUUUAAUCCAGAAUUCAUCCCAGUGAUCCGCAAACUUGUGGACAGAGUAGCCCCAGUCAAGGAGAAGGGAAAUAAGUUCAAGGACUCAGUGUAGCUUUUCAAAUUGUAAUGGGCCCUCCUCCAGGAGAGCAGGGCCCUAAUUGGCCAGAGAGGCAACUGAUUCAGGCUUGAGCGUUAAGGCCAACACACAAGAUGCAGGACACCAGGAAAGAGCGUGGGUAAAAGCGGCUCAGUGAGAGGAGGGGGCCCGGCCAAGCCCCACAUUGGCACAUAUUUGUGAAUUGUGAGCCAGUGGCCUUGGACACUGGCUUUGUGAUGCAAACAAGCCCUGUGGUUGUAUAGAGGCUUUUGUGAAUAAGCCCGGGAGUGCCUGGCCAAGUGGAACCCAAAAACAGUAUCUGGGGAUGCCCACCCUCUCUCCCAGACUCUGUUCCCAUGAAGGCCAAAGUAGGUUGAAAUAGAAUUAGAAUUUGGUACUCAUUGCUUUGUGAACAUUAAUUUUUAAAAAAAACAUCAUUCCCUUUGAAGAUAUAACAGUUUUAGGUUUUUGUUUUUAGUCUGGACCUGAGAUUUUAUAUGGUAUAGGAAACUGAAAGUGAAAAAACUCCUUUAUCAAAGCACAUCAGCAGCUCUUCUACAGCUUAUAGUCCUAAGAGAGUAAGUACCAAAAGGGAGCAACUUACCCAGGGUCACUUUUCCAGUAUGUGUCAGAACAGGGCUUGAACCCGAGUCCUCUUGACUCCAAGGCCGACUCCCUAUCCACCAUGGGACACGACCAUCCCCAAAUUCUCAAUGUAUUUUUCCCUUGGCUUCGUGAUGCUAGGAAAGGGACAGAUGUUGUCCUCUAAAUAGCCACCCAAAAGCAGCCACCACUUAUUCCCUGUGAACAUUUACAACUGUGCUGACUGGUAGAAGGCAGCGUCCCAUAUGAACUGUCUACCAAAGAGUCGUCAGUGUUGUCAAGAACUCCACUUAUGCUAUUCUGGCUGGCCGUAAAUCAGUCGUGUGUCCACAUUCAUAGGAAUUUGCUGCUAAACAGACAUUACAGCAUUAAAGAAAAAAAAAAUCCUUCCUUCCCUCCCAAUAUGUAGUUGAUUCUGAAUGACAAUCACCUUUGUAAAGAGAAAGUAAUAGUAGGGAGUAGCAACAAAGAAAGGAAAUAUUUGGAAAGCAGCAAAUAAUUCUUUUACUUCUUGUACACACAUUCCCACACACAUGUACGUAUGUAUAUAUGGCUGUUGUAUACAUGUAUAAGUGUGUAUAUACUAGCCAUCUUAAACACACCAUUGUGUUCAUUCCAGCAGACAGUUUCUUCUAAAGACAGAAAGGGGAAAAAAAGACAAGUGGCAUGAGAUCCCUUUCCAGCUACCAGUGCUGUUCCUUGUACUUCGUGGCCCUGGUAGGAAAUGAUUCACAAUAUGCCCCCUUCCCAAAUUAUUCCCCUGAAUGAUUUGCUCUAGCCCUUAAAUUUGGAAAUAAAGAUAAGGAAUUUGCCUGUGAUAAAUGCUGGCUGGGAGGCACUGCCUUCCUUGGAGACAUGAAGAGCUGGGUUCAGAUCCUUUCUCAGAUACCACCUAUCUGUGCCACUAAGAGCAAGUGACUUAACCUCUUAGUAUUUCUCUCUAAGACUGUGAGUUGGUGGUCUGUACCAACGAAAGGAGUUUCCAUGUCAAUGGUUUGUAAUAUGGAUGACAUCACAGGUCCAGAUCCCGUUGUACCCUCGUCCCCACCCCUGCCCCACACAAACACACAUACCAACUACACGCUAAAGUCAUUGGCUAUCUUUUUGGGAAGUGGAGCCCACCCCAGCUGUGAAGGACAGCUGUUGAACACCAGAGAUUCUCCAUUCUCCAUUCCCAACCUUCUUCUCUCAUCCACUUUUAUUGUCCUGUUAGGAGACAGAGAGUUCACAGGAUUUGAACAUCUUCAGCCUAUUGCUGCUGUAAUGUCCUACCUAGAAGCCUCCAGCCCACUUGGCUGAGGAUUUCUUAUCGUGAACAACUUUAAAAUGAAAGAAAAGCACCAAAAGUUGGCAGGACAAAAAAGAGAGGGUGCUAGACAAACUUGUAAAAUUCCCCCAGCCCCAGCAGCAGAGACUCCUAGAACAGGUUUUAUCUAGCUCAGACAUUCCAAUCUGUGGUGUCCUCCCAGUGGCAAUGGUAUUCAGGCCUUUUUUCACUUCUCCUUGGCUUGCUACUGUCCAAUAACAGCCCAGACAGUAGAAACUGGGGCUGCCCUCUUGUUCACACAUAGCUGGCUAGUCUAGCUCAAUCAUCUGUCUUUUGCUUCUGCCUCAGUUACCUUAUUUUGCCCAUGAGUUCUACCACAGGUGCUACCUCACAGUGUCUGCUAAGAAGUUUACCUGAGGGAGGGGGGAGAAAAAGGUAUCCGAAAUCUCCUUGAGCUGAAUGUACAAUCUAUGCAAAUUCUCUCUGUUUCUCACCGUCAAAUACUUCGAAGCAUUACAUAUAACCUUGCCAAACUAACAGCAAGAUCUUGUACAGGUUUCUCUGAUGACAGAGUACCAAUUUUCAGCGCGGUUAAAUGCGCCCCCGUUUGUAUAUUGUUAACGAGUUGUCUUUGGUUCUGUUGUUGCUAAGCCCCUCGAGGGAGACUGGGCCUCUGUCUGCAAUGAGUCCCUUCCUCUUGGCUGGGAAUAUUUGGAUCGCUAAUGUCUCCCCCAUUCCAUAGAGGUCUCUCUGCACCUGAAGAUCCCCCCUCCCCCUCCAAAAGGAAAGCCCUUGGCCUCCAGUCCUCUCCCCACUUCUUCAGACCACGUCAUCCUCCAUCUCACAACACAACAAAGCCUUAGGUUCCUCCUUUUUGAAAUGUGGCCUUAAAAUCAUGUUGGAAACGUGGAUGUUGUCUCACUCUUCGGAUCUCCGCCAACAUCGCAGAAUGCACCUUGAGAUUGCUGCUAUCCCUCCUACUGGGGGACCCGUCAAUUUACAGUUUCACAGAUACAAUGGAAAUUGCUUACAAAUUCAGUCUUUAAGAAAAACGACCUUCUAUUGUUCCUGUGGGCAAAAUAAAGGUUUGGAUGCUCUUCUAAACCAUAGCCAACUCUGGAAGUACUCUCUUACAGCAUAUCGUAGCUGUAAUGGGUUGACUUAAUUACCUACAAAGUGCUAACCUUGAGCUUUUCCUCUUUACCCCUUAAAGACAUGGUAACUUUAUGAACUUCACUCAAGGGUAAACCAGCAGCAUCUCUGUUGUUUAUCCUUCUGCCCUUGAAGAGUAUCAUUGGCUUGAGAAAGAUUGCACUAAACAUUCCCAGCUGAUCUUCGAGGUGCCGCCCUCUCAGUCCCUCUAGUCUCCAACCUCCUUUGUUUUGAUUCCUCACCAUCUGAUCCAGCCCAAAGACAACAGAAAAUGAGGUUUUCAUAGUAAACUCAUUGGCUUUGAAUGGAAUAGUCUUUCUAGUCCUUCCUGUCUUUUUUGUUGCUGUUAUCGUUGCGUUGUUGGGGUGUUUGUUAAUGGCCUCAUCGUGAGUUAUUACCGUCCCCUCAUUUUUCAGAGACAGGUGGUGAUAUAGUUUUAAAAAAUAACUAUUUUGUUAUAGAUCAUGAUAUGCAUAAAACUGUACAGAAAUAUUUUGUAAUCUAUUGAUUUUAAAAAAAGAGAGAACAUGUAAAUACAGUAAAGUUAAAUAAUAAUUAAAAAAAAGAAUUCCGAUGGCACACACUGAAAGAUGUAGAUAUUUUGCUAUUUAUUUAAAGGAUUAUUUUAUGAGAUACCGAACUAUCUGAAAUUGACCUACAGUAAUCCGAGUUUCCAAAAAGUCCAAAUGCUUUUUUCAUGUUGUAGAAUGUGAUCUCCAGCAAUCAUUGCACUACCCAUUUUUGCACCCUUCUGUCUUUCAUUUAGCAGAAAAACAACACAAAAUUGUGCCUUAGCUGUAUUUUCUGUCUAGGGGAGUUUGUUUUUUGUCUGACAAUGCGAGACUUUUUGCAGAAAACAGUGGAUGUAUUAAAUACUGUAUCAUACCAAAAACACCACAGGUGUAUAUAAAUGCUUUCUGUCAUACUGUGUUUUCAGAUGCAGAAUUUUAAAAUUAAAAAAAAAGGAAGUUUCUUUGCGGAA